UGCGGCGAUAUUCUGAGGUUGAAGCAAGCUUGAACGGCGCGAUCCUGAUUGGGUGGAGCGGAUCAGUGGUUUUGCCGAAGUCGCGGAACGAGUGCUUUUCGGCAAGAACCUGACCGUGGGCGGGACCAUUCAUCUCGACAGAACCUCAAACUCCAGCCCUUGCAAUUGAGCGUCACGCAGACCCUCGACGGACCAAUUCUCGAGACUCGAACCCCCCGAAACACCGACAUCAUGAGCUUCGUCACCCGCCGAGCGCUCUCGACGCUCAUCCCCCCCAAGGUCGCUUCUCCGAAGGCCAUUGGCGCUGCUCCUGAUGCUAUCCGCAUGCAGCGUGUCGUCAGCUUCUACGAGAAGCUCCCCCGAGGUGCCGCCCCCGAGGUCAAGGCUAAGGGUCUCCUCGGCCGAUACCAGGCCAAGCACUUCGGCAAGAACCCCACUGGCAAGCCUAUCAUUCACCUGAUUGUCUUCCUCGUCAGCAUCGGUUACGCCCAGAACUACUACUUCCACCUUCGUAAGUAUCCCUAUCACAAAGAUGAAGGGGAGCUGUUUGUUAAUGCUGGAAUCAUCUAGGCCACCACAAGAACAACGCCCAC